CUCUUAUUGACGCGCACCAAUAAACACCUCCGCCGUAACAAAGAGAGGCGGUCCUUGUGUGUAUGGCUCUCUCUCGUGUCUCCAGGAGUAACGUCAUGGAACUGAUGAGGAUGACGCUAUAUGUCUUUUUUCCUGUGGGAGUGUUUUAUUACUUCAACGCCCCGGGGUACUUUGACCAGAAAAUCGAGAAAAAGAGAGUAGAAAUCUUCCCCAAAGGAAACAAACCUCCAUUGACGUUUGAGGAGAGCAAAAAGCUGCAACAGGAGUUGAGAAAGAAGCGGCGCGAGGCAAGACACUCGACCAACAUUAGUUAACACAGAACACACACAAACACAGGCAGCAAUGUGUAUGUCAAUCUAUGUGUGAGUAUCUCCGAUAAUUUGCGUAAUUUCGUCGUCAUUAUCGUCCUUGAUGUUGUCAGGUUUUCUUGAGUUCUGCGCGUUUGAAAUGCAGUCUUUCGGCAUGGUUGCAUUAUUUCCGACUGACUCUAGGUUGCCACCUGCAUCAGAUCUAGGCUCAGUGAUAACCUCCACAUCUCUUGUGUGAACUUCCCCAAUGUCCCUGACUUCACUACUUGCACUAUUCUCUGACGCACAGCUCUCACUCCUUGCUUUAACAGAAACGGUAUUAGCGUCUUCCUCCCCGGUUUUUGCUGGCCCCUCUCCACUUGUUAUUUGGGUGCUCAAUUCUUUUUCCAUUCUCGCAGAUUCCUCCAACUCGUCCGUGUCCACCUGAGCACCGUACUCAAGAUUGAUGUACACCACACACCCAUCAGGACCCUGUCUACCUUCCCCCCUCUCGCCCUGGGCCUCCGCUGGCACCAGUCGCUCCAGUCGAGCCACAACUACGUCCAUGUUGGGUCUUUUCAGCGGAGAUCGAGUCCAGCAGAUCUUCAUGAUAUCGUAUACAGAGGCCGGGCACAGCUUUGGGCAUUCGAGAAUCCUUGAGGCCUUUACAGCAUCUAUGACUUCGUAGUUUGAUAGCCCUGUGUACGGUCGACGUCCAAAGGUAAAGAUUUCCCACAUGAGGACCCCGAAGCUCCAAACGUCGCUCUGCGUUGUGAAUUUCCCGAAUAGAAGUGCUUCAGGGGGCAUCCAGCGAACGGGGAGACAGGCCUGUGUCCCACCAACACGAUAGUAGUCCAUUGAACUGAGGUCACGCGAUAGGCCGAAAUCACCAAUCUUUACAACCAUGUGUGUAUUGACGAGACAGUUCCUGGAGGCAAUGUCACGGUGGAUGUACUUUAGCUCUGCCAGGUAGGCCAUUCCACGCGCCACUUGCAGGGAGAAGUUGAGAAACUCGGAGGGAGUUAUAAAAAUACCGUCUUCUCUUUUAUCGUUGACCUCUGUCUCUGCAUUUUCUGGGUCUGACUUCCGCAGUAGAUUAUCAAGGCUCCCGAGGUCCAUGUACUCGAAUAUCAUACACUUUUGGGCAGUGGUUGAGCAUAUGGCCAGCAAUCUCACAAUGGUUGGGUGAUUGAACCGCGCCACCGCCUUCACCUCCUUACAAAACUCCUCCGACAUGGAACUGGCGUCUUUCAGAGUCUUGACUGCCACAAAUGCAGGUACGAAACCGUGUCUCUCCAAUCCGGGAGCCGUGGCCUUGAACACACGUCCAAAUGCUCCCUCGCCAAGCUCGCUCACCACCUCCAGACUGGGGUAAUUGUACUCCAUUCCCAACUCCUUCAAACAGUCAUACGGACUCUUUACGGUCUUCAGCGUGUAGGCGUUGUUACUAGAGAGGUUAUCCAUGCUAUCGAGUCGUUGGAGAGUCACGGUUUUUCUCCGGAUGAUCCUGCGAGUCAGGAGAAUCAUCACUAGAACGGCAGUGAGUGUGAUGAGGAGGAAAAGGAGGCCGGGGAGAAGGCCAGCCAGGAGUCUGACUCUGAUAGUGUUGGUUGACCUCCUGUCUGGAGGACGGCUUACUGGUGUAGUUGAAUCUAUACACAUGGAGAUGCCACGUAAUGUAAUAAUAAUGGAGACCUGCUG